AUGAAUGUUCUGGCGCUUAGAACGAGAGGCAAUUCGAAGUUUCUAGACGCGGAAAAACACGGCCGUUUUCCCGGAAAAUCGUGCUAA